CUCCUGCUCACAAACAGUCCCACUGCACACUUCCAAGACUUGUUCUAAAUAAAUCAAGGGUUAUAAUUCACACGCCAACUGACGCUACUGAGGUUUUGGCAGCAUGGCAGGCUUCAUGUCUCUGAUGUGCUGUGUGGCGGCUCUGACUGCAGGGACAGUGACUGCAGAUGCCAAGGAGUUAUCCAUCACCACUAUAAAGCAAGAUCCGUACACCAUGAGCAAAGGCCCCGAGCUGGAGGGAUACUGCAUCGACCUGAUCUCUGAGCUCUCCAAGAGGCUGGGCUUCAGCUACAAGCUGCAGCUGGUGAAGGACAACCGCUACGGAGCCAUGGACGCCAGCGGGAAGUGGAACGGGUUGAUCGGGGAGGUCAUCAGAGGGGAGGCGGACCUGGCCGUGGCCUCGCUGACCCUCACGGCCACCAGGGAGCAGUUUGUGGACAUGACCACCCCCUUCAUGCAGACAGGCCUCAGCUUCCUCCUGCGCAGAGACAAGGCCUCUGAAGGGAGCAGCUUCAGCCUGCUGUCCCCCUUCUCCCCCAGCAUGUGGGGGGGCAUCCUCAUCGCCUUCCUGUUGACAGGUCUCUGCAUAUUCCUGGUGGGCAGGAUCAGUCCCACAGAAUGGGCGGAGCCAGAGACAGAGGAGCACAGCUUCACUCUGCUGCACAGCUUCUGGUACCUCACCGGGGGUCUGACUCUGCAAGGUGCUGGUCCUCACCCCAAGGCCCUGUCUGGACGUGUAGUCAGCGCCAUCUGGUGGCUGUUUGCUGUUCUGCUUCUGGCCAGCUACUUUGGCAACUUCACCUCAAAGCUUCACUCCAGCAAACAACUCCCUUUCGAGAGUUUUGAAGACCUUUCCAACCAGAAUGCCAUCGAUUAUGGCACCGUCGAGGGUGGAUCCUCCAUGUCUUUCUUUAAGAAUUCCAAGAACCCCGUAUACCACCGUAUCUACCAACACAUGGAGCGUAAGAAGAGCUUCGUGUCCAGCAUGGAGGAGGGGAUUCGUCGAGCCCAGGAGGGAAACUUUGCCUUCAUUGGUGAAGCUGUGUCUUUGGAUUUGGCAACGGCUCGCUAUUGUGACCUUCACCGUUCACAGGAAGUCAUCGCGAUGAGAGCCUACAGCAUCGCAGCACCUGAAGGUUCCCCGCUGGUCAAAAACCUAACCCUGGCUAUUCUGGAGCUCAGUGAGUCUGGAGAGCUGACGUCUCUGCGGCACAAGUGGUGGGCCACCAGCUGUGUGGGGGCUGAUGGGGCUGAUGCCUCCGGGGCCCUGCAGCCACACGACCUCCAGGGCCUCUUUCUCUUCCUGGGGCUAGGCCUGGGUGUUGGGCUCCUGUUGGCCCUGCUGGAGCUUGUAUCCAGGGCCCACAACCAAGCUAAGGAUAGCAAGAAAUCCUGCUGCUCGGUGCUGACAUCAGAGCUUAACCGACGAUUUGGCAGCAAGCGGGCGAGUGCAGACCAAGAAGAUUCAGACAAGAACAAAGCUUAGAGGAAAAGUUGACAUGUUAGUUUUUAAUAAGAUAGUCAGAGAAGAGAAAAGUUGAGAGCCAUUGUCCUGUUCCUUCGAAAAGACUACACUAGCUUUCUGUGUCUCCGUAGUAUCAGCCCUGUGUUUUCUGUAUGUCUCCUACUUUCUUAGUAUAGCUUGUUGACCACAUGGGACACAUCCACUUGCAGCUACAGCGUACUAAGCAACAAAAUAAGAUACUUAGAGUUCAAAACUGCAAAUAUGUAUCAUUCUGGUUUAUUUCAAUGUUGAUGCAUGAUAUUAGAUAUCCAAAUCCAAUCCCCUUACUAAUGUUUAUAUUUCUUGUUUAACUGAAAUAGUUUUGUAACGAUUUCUAUUUGUAUGUAUAUUCCAAAUAAAUCCCCCAAUUUUC